AUGGACGUCGUCUCUGCCGGCGGGGCCACGCCCGUCUCGCCCACAAGUCCCAUGAGCGCCCGUCAUGCGCCCAAUGGGCCUCCCAAGAGGAAGCACAGCAGCAUGGCCCUGGAUAGCAGUCCGGGCAGCAAUGCCGGUCAUGACGACGACAAUGAGCCUGAUUCCAAGAAGCGCCAGCCCGGCGUCAAGCGCGCAUGUAACGAGUGCCGACAACAAAAGUUGCGAUGCGAUGUUGUUCAAGACCCCUUCCAAAGCUGUUCACGGUGUAACCGCCUCAAGCUUUCCUGUAAGAUUGAGUCCAACUUCAAGCGCAUAGGCAAGCGGUCGAAGCACGCCGAGAUGGAAAAGGAAAUCGACAGGUUGCGACGCAACAUUGCACGCGCCCAAAACCAGGGUUACACCGUGGACGAGGAAGAACAAGACCUCCAAUCCCCGGUUGCGACGAGCGUGUACACACACACUAGGAAUCCAUCCCUGAUGGGCUCCGACGAGGCUGUUUCCUCGCUGUUGCACCUCAAGAGGGGAGGGUCGUACAGUCUACCACGCUACACUCACGAGCUGGAGAAUGUACGCCUGACCGAGGAGUCAGUGAAUCAGCUCUUCAGCCAAUUCUUCGCGUACUACCAUCCUUUCUUGCCAUUCCUCAACCCGCAACAGACGCCUGAUCAGUACUUCCAACAACACGCUCUUCUGUUUUGGUCCAUUAUUUCGGUUGCUGCUCGCCGGUAUAGCGCAGAUACUACAUUGUUGACCUCGAUAUCUGGCCCCCUGACCAGACUGCUGUGGUCAACCAUUGGAGAUGUUCCAAGCAGUUACUUUGUCGUCAAAGCUUUGUGUCUGCUAUGUACUUGGCCUCUACCGACAAGCACGACAAGCGCUGACCCUACGCACAUUCUUUGCGGUGUAAUGAUGAAGGUGGCGACGGGCAUCGGCUUACACAGACCAAACCACAGUCAAGACUUCUCCCGGGUGUCGGUCGACCUCAACAAAGAGCAGCUGCAUGAUCGUGUCUCAACAUGGGCUGUCUGCAAUAUUGUAGCCCAGACUAUUGGUACUGGUUACGGUCAACCGGCCUCAACCCUCUACGACUGGACUUUGGCUGUUCGACGAGGCGAAGACGGUCCCUUCCGAUUGACACCCGAAUUGGAGGCUAGGCUCCAGGUUGAACGUUUCUGCGACAAGGUGUCCAAGGAAAUGUACAGCAAUGCCAGUGAUCCUCGUGGGGUCGCUGGUGAUGAGCACCGAGCCAUGUUGAUGAGAGUCUACAGAAAGGACUUCAACGAACUUCAGGCAUCGGUCCUCUCGCAGCAUCUGGGGCCAAUUGUCAACCUACAUAUGCGGGCCGCAGCACUCCAUUUGCGUCUAGCUGGCUUCUUUGACUCGAGCACCACGCCUGGCUACAUUGAUGAUCUGAUGGGCCUCUGGAGGGCAACCACAAGCUUCUUGGAUAACAUCCUCGAGGUCGACAAGGUCACAUCGCCCGGACAGAACUCCCCCGGACAAAUUCUGCUCUAUGCGACAAAUUACAUCCAGCAGAUGUUGAUCGCGGCAGGUUUUGCCUUACUCAAGCUCAUGCGGUCAUUCUUUGCCAAGACGAUCGAUUUUGAUCGUGGCCGCAAUCUCUUCCACCAGACCAUCAAUGCCAUUCGCGCUACAAGUGUCGUGAACAACGACUUGCAGUGGCGUCUAGCAGAGCUCAUGGUGCAAAUGUGGAACGGAGCUCGACUCGAUAACAACAGCACGGCCUCCUACGACAACGACGAUUCGCCGCUACUCAUUGACGACACCUUGCAGCUCAAGGUGCGCUGCCGCCAUAGCAUGAGUCUUGUAUUUGACUCUGUCUGGCGAUGGAGGGAAGAAUAUCAAGCCCAAGGAAGAGGUUCCAUCGAUGCCAUGAAACAACCUACUAAUCCAGACUCAGCGAACGAGUCCUCAGCGUCAUCGACCCAUUUGGACAGCACUCUUAUGCCGGCAACCCAAGGGCUUCAAGCGAACAGCCUGCUCGCUGCCAAUGGUGCUCUCACUCCUGGCAACUCUGGUGGCAUCGGCAGCCAACCACCCAGCAAUAGCAUGUUGAGCGGCAUGUCCUACGGCGAGGCCAACUACGAUUUCUUCGAUCCACAGCAUUGGAUGCUGGACGGCCUCUUGGACUUCAAUUAUAACUUUGUGCAACCUCUUGAGGGCGCAUAG